CUGUGUUGUGACGUCAGGGACAACGUUGAACCUGAUUGGUUAGCAUGCGGCAGGAAGACGACAGCCGCACCCACGCUGCUGAGCUGCGUCCAUCAUCACAAACGACACUGAAGUCGUGGAACAGCAUUUAAAAGCCAGCGGAGUCAGCGGAAGUCCAGUUGAGCGUCGUUAGUCUCUCUUGUGGUUCAGUCGUCAAACCGAUGCAAACAUUUCACUCACCACGAGGCUGAUUUACAACUGAGGGAAUCGGGUUGGAGACCUUGUGUUCGGGAGGAUGGCAUCCCGCGGGAAAUCAGAAACAGGAAAACUGAGGCAAAACAUGGAGGAGCAGCUGGACAGACUGAUGCAGCAGCUGCAGGAUCUGGAGGAAUGCAGAGAAGAGCUGGACGAGGAAGAGUAUGAGGAGACAAAGAGGGAAACCUUGGAGCAGCUGAGUGAAUUCAAUGACUCCCUGAAGAAGAUCAUGACAGGAGACAUGACACUGGUGGAUGAACUCGGUGGGAUGCAGCUGGCAAUCCAGGCUGCCAUCAGCCAAGCAUUCAAGACACCAGAGGUCAUCCGGCUGUUUGCUAAGAAGCAGCCAGGGCAGCUGAGAACCAGACUAGCGGAGAUGGACCGAGAUGUCAUUGUGGGCAAACUGUCGCGGGACAUGUACGUGCAGCAGAAAAUGGAAAUCCUCACAGCCCUGAGAAAACUCGGAGAGAAGCUCACUGCAGAGGAUGAGACUUUCCUCACCGAGAACGCGACAGCAACCCUGAGCCAGUUUGAAAAAGUGACUGCAAAUCUCGGCUCCGAAGACAAAAUCAUGGCUUUAGCCAGCUCUAGUGUGAAAACCAAAGUGUAGUAAUUCUGCAAAAUACUUAUUAACUCUGUCUUUGGUAUUACCAAGAAACAAAUGUGCCAAUUGAUGGUUGGUUUUGUAAACAAUCUGCACUUUUAUGUGUUGUGGUGAAUGCUGACACUUUUUUAACAAUAUGCUUUUAUAGCCCUCAAAUGUUUGUAAAUGUCUUUUAGUUGUGCAGAUAAAUGUAAAGUUGUAUUAUAGGUACGAGCAUGUGGUUUGUUUAAAAUGAAGAUGUUAUACAUGAAUGUAAAGGAGAGUGGAGACAGUUCAGGAGAAAUAUUCUGUGGUGAUUUGUGCUGUAUUUCUUAUCAGCUGCUGUUUAUGUGUGAAAAGACUGAAGAUUGAUUUCCUGUGUGAAUGCUGCGAAUAUUCAAGAUGUUUAGUUAUUUUAUCUCCACUGUGCUGUGUACAAGGCUUUGAACAAAAAAGACGUGCACAUAAAGUGUGAGGAAACUAAAUGACAUUAAAUUCAGUGUUCAUACAGUUCGA